AUGUGGUCGACCUUGCUCUGUUGUUUGAUUCUGGCUGGGGCUGCCGCAGCAAGUAUAUCUGGCCACAUUGACUCAGGAACCUGUGUUUGUCUCACAACGAGUGGUGUAAAUGCUAGAUCGGGAGCUGGCCUUAGUCACUCAGUAGUUGCCUCUUUGAACUCUGGCGAGUGUUACAAGUUCAAUGGUGGAAUCCUGACACAUGAUGGGUAUCAUUGGUACGAACUCCAGAACGUGCACGGUCAUCAUAGGGCAUGGGUUGCAGGGAAUUUUCUAAGAACUUCAUCGUCUUCACACUGUAGUGGUAGUUCUGGUAGCACUGGAGGAUCAUCGCAUGGUACCUUCUCUUCAGGAGUUGUAUCACAGCAUUGUCUUAACUGCAUCUGUAAGCACGAGUCUGGAUGCAGACCUUUAGGAUGUGCUUGGGAUGUCAACUCUAACUCAUGUGGAUAUUUCCAACUGAAGGAUAUAUACUGGCAGGACUGUGGACGGCCCGGAGGCUCUCUUGCUGCCUGCGCCGCUGAUUUGCAAUGCUCCUCAGAGUGUGUCCAGAAUUAUAUGUCCCGGUAUAUAAGUCAUUCCGGAUGUGCUCAUAACUGUGAAAGCUAUGCACGGAUCCACAAUGGCGGACCUACUGGAUGUAAACAUAGCUACACUCUUGGCUAUUGGAGAGCUAUUGAAGCCCUGGGAUGUUCAGCAAAUAGCUAA